AAUACUUUGUUUUGUAGGCCACUGCCUACCUGCCGUCUGUAUGUCUCUCGAUUCUUUAGCGCCACAUUUUCUGCGUCUUCGUCUUGCUUUGCCUACCAAAGGCUUCUCUUUCUUGUUAUUUGUAAGAGAAAGACUUCCAAGACCCUGAUACUCUAUUCUCUCUUUAGAUAUCCUAUCCUAUCUCCUUGAACUUUCUAUCAGAUUCUGUGCCUUGUUUCCUUUAUUUUCUCGAGAAAACGGUAUAGUUGGAUAUCUGUUGCAAAGCUCAUGGAGAGCAAUGGAGGUGUUUCUUUUAUGAGGAAUAGGAGAUUUGAGAGUUUCCUCAACACAAACUGCACCCCACAUGUGAAAGAAAUUCCGAAAAAAGUGAGGAGGGAAGAUGAGGAGAAAAGGCCCAACACUGAUGUUUAUGUUGAUGAUGAUGGGUGGAUUUCUGCAUUGAUAUCUUGUAUAAGGAUUGUGGUCUGUUUAGUGUCAAUGAUGGUUACAACAUUUGUAUGGGCUAUAAUCAUGCUCUUGCUCUUGCCAUGGCCUUAUGAGAGGAUUAGGCAGGGAAAUAUUUAUGGACAUGUAACUGGUAGAAUGCUGAUGUGGAUCUUAGGGAAUUCUGUAAAGAUUGAAGGUGUCGAAUUCUCAAAUGAGAAGGCGAUUUAUAUCAGUAAUCAUGCUUCUCCUAUAGACAUUUUCCUUAUGAUGUGGUUGACCCCCACAGGCACAGUUGGCAUUGCAAAGAAGGAGAUAAUCUGGUACCCUCUAUUUGGACAACUUUAUGUAUUGGCCAAUCAUCUUCGGAUAGAUCGGUCUAACCCAACUGCUGCAAUUCAAUCAAUGAAAGAGGCAGCUUGUGCAGUUGUCAGAAACAACCUAUCGCUAAUCAUUUUUCCUGAAGGCACCAGGUCCAAAAAUGGACGAUUGCUUUCGUUUAAAAAGGGUUUUGUUCAUUUGGCAUUGCAAACACGCCUUCCAAUAGUUCCCAUGGUCCUGACAGGUACCCACCUAGCAUGGAGGAAAGGCAGCUUGCAUGUUCGGCCAGUGCCUAUAACAGUCAAGUUUCUCCGUCCCAUAAAAACUGAUGAUUGGACGGCUGAUAAAAUUGAUGACUAUGUAAAAAUGGUACAUGACACAUAUGUUGGAAACCUUCCAGAGUCUCAAAGGCCUCUUUGUUAGAAGGUACCAGAAAUAGUCCCUAGAUCCUCCUAGUUGAGGCACUCCUCUUUGUAAUUCUAACAAUCUGCGGCAGUGCUUUGUUAAAAGCUACAAUAAGCAUAAGGGAAAUGUAGUGUUUAGAUUAACAGAACUACUGAUGUUUAUAGUGCUGAUUCUCUUGCAAUAGCACUGUUUGCUUGAUCCAUAUCAGUUGCAUAAUAGGUUUUUCAUGUGCCUUGUAUAACUGCUAUAAUUUUCUGCAAUGAUGUGAUGUUACCUUCUCACUGAUCCUGUAAAUGAACUUUUUUCCCCCCUACAUGAUAUGGUACUCUAGGUUACCUCCUCUUAUUUA